AUGCUUAAAAGUGCAUCUAAACUUCGAAAUGCUUGUUCAAUGAUGAAAUUCGCUACCAACUUUUAUACUUCAAAAAGUUUUCUCAGUAGCCGUAAGCUCGGAAUUCCAAUAAACCCUGAUCCAGGAUUUCCUUAUAAUCCACCAGUUGGGCCAUAUGACGAAGGAAUUUCUAAAGACCCAUCAAUUCAACCAUCUUUUGAAUUUGAGGUCGAUCCAAAAUGGUCCUGAUUUUAUUAUGAAUUUUUUAAUAAAAUUUAAUAGGUUUUUUAUUAUAAAUAAUUUUAUACAUCCAAAAGCCCUUCUUGAUUCAGUUAUCCGUCAGCAAAUUUAUCAACAAAAAGUUGAAGAGCCUUUCUAUGUUGCUGAUCUUGGGGAUGUCGUAAGAAAGCAUCACCAAUGAACGACACUUUUGCCUAGAGUUAAGCCAUUUUACGCAGUAAAAUGCAAUAGUGACCCAUUUGUACUCAAGACUCUUGCUUCGCUUGGCACUGGCUUUGACUGUGCAUCUACCGAAGAAAUAAAAACAAUUCUUGGCUUAGGCGUAGAUCCAGAAAAUAUUAUCUUUGCAAACCCCUGCAAGGCUGUGUCAAAUAUCAGAUAUGCUCGCGAUCAUUAUGUAAUCUAUUUUAAUUAAAAAAUCUCUAUUUAUUAUAUAAAAUUUUUUAAAAAAUAUAUAUAAAAAAAUAGAAUAAACAUGAUGACAGCUGACAACGCUGACGAGUUACGCAAAAUCCACGAAAUUAACCCACACGCUGACGUAGUCAUCCGCAUUUAUGCUGACGACUCCAAAGCUGUGUGCAGACUUGGGAAAAAAUUCGGGAUUCCAAUUGACCUUGUACCCGAGCUUGUACAAGAAGCUGAAGAAAUUGGAGUAAAUAUCGCAGGUAUCAGCUUCCACGUGGGCUCAGGCUGCACAGAUGCAACAGCUUAUAGCGACGCACUUCUGCUUGCAAGACGAGCUUUUAAUGAUAUUGAAGCAGCAGGGUAUUCACCUACGCUACUUGACAUUGGAGGAGGCUUCCCUGGAUAUGAGCAGCCUGGUUUGGUGAAAUUCGAAGAAAUUGCCAGCCUAAUUAGGCCAACUCUUGACGAACUAUUCCCAAGGCAUGUUAAAGUAAUUGCGGAACCUGGAAGAUAUUACGUGGCCAGCGCUUUUUCACUAACUCCCCCCUCCGUGAGUGAACAAAAAAAUUUUGUUCACUCACGGAGGGGGGUUAAUUUUUUUUUUUUAAAAAAAUUAUAUAUAUAAAUUUUAUAAAAAAAUAUUGUUUUUUCGAAAUUUAAAAAAAUCUAAUUCGCAAAAAUUGGAAAGCAAAUAUUAAUUUAAUUUAUAAAAUUUAUGUUUUAAAAAACAAUUUGUUUAAAAUUAAACAGAAUUAGCUCUAUUUCAUUAUACUAAUUAUCAUUUAUAUAUCAAAAUUUUUUUCCAUAAAAAUUUUUUCUAUUAAAAAAAUUUUUGUUCACUCACGGAGGGUGGGUUUUUGGGCAAAAAAUAGGGAUUUUUCUAAUGGUUUUGUUCACUCACGGAGGGGGGGAGUAAGUGUGAACGUGACAUCCAAAAAAGAAAUAAAAAAGCCAAACGCUGAAAAAAUGUGCAUGUAUUAUGUGAAUGACGGAGUUUAUGGGUCAUUCAAUAACAUCAUGUUUGAUCAUGCAGUGCUUCCAAAUCCUCAUAUUUAUAGGAAGGAGACUAGUGGGGAAAAUGAGGAAAAAACCUUCGAGUGCAGCAUUUGGGGACCGACUUGUGACUCAAUGGACUGCUUGACUUCGAAGAUGCAGCUGCCGGAGCUGAACAUUGGAGACUGGCUUUCAUUUGAAAAUAUGGGCGCUUACACUUUUGCAGCUGCUUCCACGUUUAAUGGUUUCGCAAAGGCUCGGUUGAUUUAUGUUAACUUAUACUUAAAUGUAAAUUGCAGAUCUUGGCUUGCUGGAGUAUUGGUAGUGCAGUCACCAAGAGAUUCACCCUCUUUGUGAUGACAAGGAGAACUUAUUUGGGUUGGGAUGAUGGUUCGCAUAGUGAGCUAAAGGCUCGGAUGCCGCCUUUUCCUCUUUUUCACUGCCUGACACCAUGGCACCUGCGAAGCAGACUCUAUGUCUUCGUCUCCUCCUUACCUUGUGGACUCUAGUGUUGAGUGGGAAAGCUAUGGACUUCUGCAGCAUGCUGUUUGGGUUGAACGAAGGUUGUCCGCACAAAAAUCCCGAAAAUGUAAUUUCUGGCCAACUAUUGUCAAAAAGGAAAAAUUCAAAGCCUGGAGUGUAACUAUCUGUUUCACGCUAUAGAGUUGCCCGAUUGCCUAAGCAUUGCCUAUAGACUCUGCUGGGCUUUCCCUUUCCAACUCGGAUCCACCAAUUCCCUCAAGAUAAAAUCCAAUGCUCUGUAUAUUACUAGAUUUGCCUAUAGCAUUGCUGCCCAUUUCUGAAUUUGAAAAAACUUGUUGGCUAUAAAUAAAAUGUGUCGAGGCUGCAUUGCCGGAGGCAAUGCCCUGUCCAAGACUCCAUUCUAUUUAUGAUUUAUGUUAACUCAGAGCUUGAGUAA